GCAGGCGGAGGCAGUGGUGCCAUUGACAUUGUCUGCGCAAGAACCGGUGCCUUUGGCCUUCCUAAAGGUGAAUCUACAGGUGAUUUUUCACUAUUGGGCGGAUUCGUCUUCGUCUUGGAGAAGUUAAAAAUUGGACGAGAAAAUUUCAGCUAAUAGGAGAAAUGAAACCACUUCUUCCAUUUUUGUUAUUGCUGGCAAAAACUUUGAGUUUUCCCGAAUCUGGUGGUGUUAUGGACACAGAAAAUGGUACUCAAAUAAUCGACGCGAUUGGUAAACCUCUUCCAAAACCUCAAGGAGCUAGCCCAGUUGCGAGCCCAAUUAAUCUAUUAAAUCCUGAUAGAUACGAAUUUUUUACUUUCAACGAUAACGGCGAUUUGGUUAAGAGGUUAAUGACCCUGGAGGAGAUUCAAGGGAUCAUCGCGAAUGGCGAUGGGGAAGACUUUAAUUAUAACGUAGCUGAGUAUUUGCCGGAGAAGAAGGUUAACGAUAUCGUUUCGAACGUUCAAAAUGUGCUUAAAGAGCAGAUGGUCAAUCAUAAGCAAGUUGCCAAACCAAUUUUGGAUACUCCGGAUGUUUCGAAUUCUUGGAGCAUGAUUUUGCCCGCUUUCUUUGGCAACACUGGGGAGGAAAUCACCCCAGAGAAGAUUAGUGAUGAUAUUACCACGAAAAUUAAGGAGUUUGAGAAGUUAACUACUCCUCUUUAUGCGUCGAAUAAACCAAAUUCAUCUUUGUCUUUAGUUACAUCAAGUUCUCCUUCAACAUCUACAAGAAUUCCUCCAACAACAACUUCUUCACCAAAUAAGAUUUCUUCAACUUCGUCAUCAACUCAAAUUUCUUCUUCCCCAUCAACUAAGAUAUCUUCAACUUCGUCAUCAACUCAAAUUUCUUCUUCCCCAUCAACUAAGAUUUCUGCAACUUCGUCAUCAACUCAAAUUUCUUCUUCCCCAUCAACUAAGAUAUCUUCAACUUCGUCAUCAACUAAAAUUUCUUCAACAACUUCUUCAUCAACUAAAAUUUCUUCUUCCCCAUCAACUAAGGUUUCUUCUUCUCCAUCAAUUAAGAUUUCUGCAUCAACAACUUCUCCAUCGACAACAAAUUCGCCAUCUUCGACGAGUUCAACUCCAAUAAAUGAGUUAAAAUUGGUUACAGAGACUCAAUCUUCGCCAAAUUUGAUUACAGUUGCCAUCAUUUCAGAUACAAAGUAUAACAUAACGAAUUUAGGAGGAACUAAUUCGCCAAUGGUGACCAUUUUGCCUUUUAAUUCAACAACGCCGAAGAUUUCAACCAGCACAAAAUUGGAUGAAGAAGAAAGUAAGAUAACUCAAAGUUUAUCCGACAUCGUAACAGAUCUUGUCGUUGAAAAAACGAAGAUAUCUGAGGUUCCAACUAAAAUCAACGAUGAUUUAGAUUUCUUAACUUCAUUAAAAUCGACUCCAUCAACUUCACCGGAAGCAAUUAAAUCCUCAAUUAGAAACGAAAACGAUUUUUCGACUUGGUCUUCAAUUAAAAUUGAGUCAACAACACCAUCGAUUAACCCAUUAACGACGCCGUUACAAGAAACGUUAACAACUGAGGCUUUAAAAGUGUUGUUAAAGGAGGAAUUGCCGGAAAUGACGAUUAAUAGUUUGGCUUCUUUGAAGAGUACAACCCCAAUUUGGAUCAUAAUUAAGAGGAAGCCUGAAAAGGGGGAAGAAAACAACGUCAAAAUUGCGCAAAAAGAAGAAAUAAAAACAGUUUUGAGCCAAAAUGAAGAAAUCACCGAAAAUCCCGAGCUAAAAAAUAUGCCUUUGUUGAAUGAAUUUGCUCCAUUUACUCAUUCGCCGUUGACCACGAAGAAAAUUAAUGAGAUUAAUCUUAAAUUGUCGACGAAAUUGCCUGAGAGUGUUUCUGAGAAGAUAUCUGAGAUAGUGACUGAGGAGGUGAAUGGAGAUGUUGAGAGUACCACUUUGUAUACAACCCAACAAUCGCUGAUGGAAAGUGUUCAUCAACUUUUAUCUCAAACCGUUAACGACGUUGAUGAGCCCAUUCUAAACGUUGAUGCCAACAAGAAAAUUGAAGAAAUGUUGAUGGGGAUGAAUGAAAAACCGAUGCAAGAUCUUCAAGAUGAAGUUGCUACGAUUGGAUCUGCUAUUGGAACGAAAUUAAGUGAAAAUGGAAAUGUAAAAGAUGAAGAUACAAAAAUUGAGAAUACAACUUCAAUUGAAUUAGAACCAACAACAACUUUAAGUGUUGAAGAGGUUGAUUUUUCGGAAGCUUUGAGUUCUGUUUUGUCACAAAUUUAUUCGUUGGAUGAUGGGACAACGCCCCUUGCUGAUUUGACGACGGAAAGAGUUGAUGAAACGACGCGGUUAAGUGAGGCAAAUGAGUUAAGCACGAUGACCGUUGAUUUGGAAACGACCACCUCGAUUGAUGUUGAAGAGGAAACUCAAACAAAUCUGGUACCAUCAACGAUUCGACCAAAUUUUGACGCCGAAAUUGAGCUGGAUCAAGAAGAAAGCAAGAAUACGACGAAUUUUAUUUUUUAUGGGGCGAAUGAGUCUUCGACGAUUCCUUAUGGGGAGAAGUUGAUGCCUAAAGAGACUACUUUGAAAAUUAAAUCAUCAACGAUUUUGCCAAUUAUGUUGCCAACGAUUUCGCCAUCAACUUCACCACCAAUUUCAUCAUUAAUCUCACCAUCAACUUCACCACCAAUUUCAUCAUCAACCUCACCAUCAACUUCAUCAUCAACCUCACCAUCAACUUCACCACCAAUUUCAUCAUCAUCACCACAAAUUUCAUCAUCAACCUCACCACCAAAUUUAUCAUCAACAAUCCCAUCACCAUCAUCAUUAUCAAAACCACAACCCAAUAAAACAGCUACCUUCCCCGAAAAACUGAAUUCAUGGACUUUAGUAUCAACAAUCAUCCCAUCACCGCCACCAACAAAACAACCAUCAACAACCCCCCCUCCAAUAAAACUCCCAAACCAACCCUUCCACGGAUUUGGAUUGGAAGAAACAACUUCGCGCUUAGACACUGAUGUCUAUCAAUUUGUAGAACUCUGCAACGAAUUAUCUUUUGGAUUUUGGUCGGCUGUGACGAACGGGAUAAGUUCCGCGCGAAGUAUUUUUGUGUCCCCGUUCGCGGCGACUUCGCUUUUGGCAAUGGUGUUUUUGGGGGCGAGAGGGGCGACGUCGGGGGAGAUGAACGAUAUUUUGAAGUUGGAUGAUAUGGUGACGUUUAAUCCGCAUUUGAUUUUUAAAAAUGUUUCGGAGUCGAUUGAGGCGGGGAAAGGGAGUGGGGUGGCGGUUUCUGUUAUUGCGAGGGAGUUGUAUAGCGAUCGGGGGAAAGGGAAGUUGUUGAGUUUUUAUAAGGAGAGGGCGAAACAGUUUUAUGAUGGAUUUGUUGAGGAGGUUAGUUUUAAGGAGAUUGGGGAUGUUGUUAGGAGGAGAACUAAUUUGAUUGUGAAGAAGAAUUCUGGGGGGAAGAUUCAGGAAUAUUUGAAGGAUAGUAGUAUUAUUUUGAGACCUCCUUUGGCUGGGGUUAGUGCAAGCGUUUUUGAGACUGAUUGUUCUCAAGCAUCAACUGAAGGAAGAGAUGGCGAACUCCACUUCGUCGUUUUACCAUCAAUUCGCCAAAGGAAAUUGGUUCCAAUCCCAGCCGCAGUUUAUCGUUCAGGAUUUUUGGCCGGUUAUGACCCCCAAUUAGACGCAACAGCAGCAGCAAUCGGAGGUCCCGACCAAACAAUUAGUACAAUCUUCGUAAUCCCCGGUCAACAAGGAAUAGCAGCCCCAGGCGAUGGUCUUUUACGCUUAGAAAAGCAACUCUCAGAAACAGCCUUUAAAAAAGGCUCAUGGGGGCGUGUUUAAAGGAGUUUAAUUCCACGACCUGGAUUAGAACUACAAAUCCCUAGGUUUAUGCAUAAAAGUAUUAUUAAUUCAACGGUGGCGUUUCAAAGAAUGGGGUUAAAAGGUUUGUUUAGUUUUGGUAAAGCUGAUUUAAGGGGGUUGAAUGGGCAAGCUCACGAGUUACAUCUUUCUGAUGUUUUGCAAUUGAAUACGUUUACGACUUGUGGGGAAAAUUUGAUUGGGGAUGAUCAUCACACUGAGAUUUAUCCCGCAACUUCGCGUCGGCCUUCGAGGAGAUCGAGAAAACUCGGGUAUUAUUUAUCCGAAUCUGUGUUUACGAUGGAAGAGAAAAGUUUUGGUGAUGAACCGCGCGAUUAUCAAAGAUCUUUUGAUGACCCCCUACACGAUCCUGAUUUAUUAACUUUACCUUUACCUUUAAGACCACGACAAGCUCGUCUCCCGGACGCCCCAAGACUGAGAUUUGAUCGACCAUUUUUGUUCUUCGUCCGACACAACCCAACGGGGAUUAUUCUUCAUAUGGGAAGAUUCAAUCCGAGACUGUUACCUUAAGACAUGAUUUAUUUAGCGAAUAAGAAUUAGAAAAUAGAUUUGUAUAUAAACAUUA